CAGAGGAGAGAUGGACAGAACAAGAGAAGAGGAGGGGUCUUCUGCAGAGCAAAGAUGUAAACAGAUGUGGGUGGAUAUCAAGGACCAUAAAGCCCUUCUGAAGGAGAAGUCUCAGUGUUUGACUGAGGAAAUCUCCAGGCAGGGAAACCCCACACUCCUCAAUGAGAUCUACACAGAGGUCUACAUCACAGAGGGGGGCAGUGGAGAGGUCAAUGAAGAACACGAGUUCAGACAGAUUGAGGCAGCAUCCAAGAGAUCAGCUAUACAUGACAAAGCAAUCAAAUGCAAUGACAUCUUUAAACCCUUGCCCGGACAAGAGAAGAAUAUUAGAAUGGUGCUGACAAAGGGAGUGGCUGGCAUUGGGAAAACAGUUUCUGUGCAGAAGUUCAUUCUGGACUGGGCUGAAGAAAUAGCUAACCAGGAUAUGCACUACAUAUUUCCUUUUCCUUUCCGUGAGCUUAACCUAGUGAAGGAGGAACAUCUCAGUUUAAUGGGUCUGAUUAAACGAUUCUGUGGUAACAUCAAUGAUUUGAACAUUUUCAAUGAUAUCAAAUGCAAAGUGUUGUUCAUCUUUGAUGGUCUCGAUGAGUGUCGGAUUCCUUUGAAUUUCAACUCCAACCCAAAGUGUUGUGACGUAACAGAAGCAACCACAGUGUCUGCUUUGCUCACAAACCUCAUCAAGGGGAAUCUGCUGCCCUCUGCUCUCCUGUGGAUCACCUCCAGACCAGCAGCAGCCAACCAGAUCCCUCCUGAGUGUGUGGACCAGGUGACAGAGGUACGGGGGUUCAAUGACCCCCAGAAGGAGGAGUACUUCAGGAAGAGAGUCAGUGAUGAGGACCUGGCUAACAGAACCAUUACACACCUGAAGUCAUCCAGGAGCCUCUUCAUCAUGUGCCACAUUCCUGUCUUCUGCUGGAUUGCAGCCACUGUACUAGAGAUAAUGUUGAAGGAAAGAAACACAGGAGAGAUCCCCAAGACUCUGACUCAAAUGUACACACACUUCCUGAUGAUUCAGACAGAUGUCAAACAGAAGUACACAGAAAGAAAAGAAACGGAUGAAGGGAUGGUUUUCAAACUAGGGAAACUUGCUUUUCAGCAGCUGCAGAAGGGAAAUCUGAUCUUCUAUGAGGAGGACCUGAGAGAGUGCGGCAUUGACAUCACAGAGGCAUCAGUGUACUCAGGAGUGUGUACCCAGAUCUUCAGGGAGGAGGCCGGGCUGUACCAGGGGAAGGUGUUCUGCUUUGUGCAUCUCAGCAUUCAGGAGCAUCUUGCUGCAUUGUAUGUGCAUCUCACAUUCAUCAUCCAGAAGAAAAAUGUUCUCAACCAAGCAACCCCAAGGCCAGCCACAUUCAUAUCCAAGCUUGCGGAAUGUUUUAGGCCGCUGCCUGUGUCUGAUGCAAAGGAGGGUGGUGAAGUGUCUGUGUACGAGCUGCAAAAGAGAGCAAUAGAUCUGGCCUUACAGAGUGAAAAUGGACACCUGGACCUUUUCCUCCGUUUUCUAUUGGGCCUCUCACUUGAGUCCAAUCAGAAUCUAUUCGGAGCUCUGCUUCCACCGAUAACCAUCCAAUCAGAGAGCACAGACAAAACUGUCCAGUACAUCAAGAAGAAGAUUGGUGAAAAUCCCUCCUCAGAUAAAUGCAUGAAUCUGUUCCACUGCCUCAAUGAGCUGAAUGACCAGUCCCUAGUGGAGGAAAUGCAGAACUACAUGAAGACAUCAGGAGGUCUAAAGAGAGCCAAACUCUCCCCUGCACAGUGGUCAGCUGUGGUGUUUGUGCUGCUGACCUCAGAUCAGCAGCUGGAUAAGUUUGACCUGGAUAAAUAUGGCGGAUCAGAGGAAUGUCUGCUGAGGCUGAUGCCUGUGGUCAAGGCCUCCAGAUCAGCAAAGCUGCAUAACUGUAACCUGACAGGGAAAAGCUGCUCCUCUCUGGCUGCAGCCCUCAGCUCAGGAUCAAGUCUCAGAGAGCUGGACCUAAGUGACAAUAAUCUGCAGGACUCUGGAGUGGCACUUCUUAGUGCUGCAUUAGGAAAUCCACUCUGCCAACUGGAGACACUAAAGCUGGAUCUCUGUAACCUGACAGAUAAAUGCUGCUCCUCUCUGGCUGAUGCCUUCAGAUCAGGCUCAAGUCUCAGACACCUGAACCUGAGUUACACUAAUCUGCAGGACUAUGGAGUGGCACUUCUUAGUGCUGCAUUAGGAAAUCCACUCAGUCAAUUGGAGACACUAGAGUGA